UUACACGUUACGUAAUUAUCGUCAGUUUUCGUUUUUUUGUUUUUCAAUUAUUGCUUUUUUAAUAUUUUAUGGAUGAAAUGGUUUCAUUUUGAAGUUAUUUUACGUCCUAAUUUGGUCUGAAAACUGACGAUUCAUGUGACGAAGAAUAUCAUGAAUUUGACGAGCACAUUCUGGCACAAAGUAUAAUCUUAUUUUAAUAAUUUAUGUUCGUUAUAUCGCUUAAUGAUGCCCAGUAAAAAGAAGAAAUACAACGCUCGAUUCCCUGCUGGUCGUAUUAAGAAAAUCAUGCAGAUGGACGACGAUGUUGGUAAAAUAGCUCAUGCUGUUCCUGUUGUGAUCUCUAGAUCCGUUGAAUUAUUCGUUAAUUCGCUGCUUAAUCACACGGCGGAUAUCACGAGAGAAAAAAAUGCAAAAACUGUCAGCUUAUCGCACACAAAACAUUGUAUAUUAAACGUACAGAAAUUUGAAUUUCUGAAAGAUCUAGUCAAAAAUAUAGCCGAUGUUGGACCUGAAGAAGAUAAAAAGUCAUCGAAAGCGAGUUCCAGUUCACCCGAACGGUUAACAGAAGGAGUCCCUGAACGAUCUAGGAAAAGAAAUGCUUCAGAUUCGCAUUCCAACGAACCAACCAGUCGAAAUACGAGCAAAAAGCGUCAUUCGCAUUCCGAAUCAGACAAAAACCCACUGAGAGAAAAUCUCAGCACGUCGAUUCCAUCACAGUCCAACGAUUGGGAUACAUACGACAGCCACAACUUUAAUAAAUCAGAUCUAUCCAGACUAUCGGAAACGAGCUCGUGUGAUCUAGUGAUCGACGAGAGUCGAGACACUUGAAAGUUGAAAAUGUUCCCUCCUAAUCGUGUUUCGAAUUGCACAUUUUAUUAAGUUCGUUUAUUUAUUGAUUUUUUUUUUGUCUUAGGAAUCUCAAAGUGUAGAUUUAUCGAUAGGUAUUUAAAAAGUAAUACCGGUGUGAUUGCGGUGACCGGUCACUGCAAAUUGGAAAGUCAUUAUGUGGUAAAACUUUUGAUGUUUUCGAGUAGUUUGUUGUAACCUCCGAUGUGACAUGUAAGACUGAAAAAUUUUCGAGUUUUUUUUAAACAUGUCCAACACAUACUUGCCUUUGUGUGUUUUUAUGUAAUUGUUACUGUAUGUAAAUAAAUUUCGUUGAUGUUUUUUUUUUA